CGUUUUGAGAUUGAGCGAAACGGUCACACUUUGACAACUCGACUCGGCCAACUCAGCCGAAAAUAAUCUGUGUUUUGCUUCCAAAUUUACAAAUAAUCAGCGAUAUGAGCCGACAGAACGAAGAAGACACCACUUCGGCGCUGUUUGAUGCCCGCAACGAGUAUUACAUCGGAAACUUCAUGGGCUCGAUCAACUUUGUGCUGCCGGAGCAAGGAACUGCGGGAUCCGAGCUUCUGUCUUACAUGUAUCUCUCGUACUUGGCCAUUGAUUCCGGGCGAAUCGUGGCCUCGGACAUUAAGGAGGGAAAUUCCACGCCCCUGCAGGCCCUGCGACUGGUGCACGAAGCCUUUGAACAGCCAUCGCGGACGGAGGAGCUGCUGGAGAAGCUUACCGAUAAGGUGGCUGGCGAAGAAGACGAGACGAACAUCUGGCACAUUGCCACCGCCAUCGUCUAUUGUCAUGACGGGCAGUUCGAGAAUGCCCUGAAGAUCCUCCACGGCUCCACCAACCUAGAGUCCAUAGCUCUUUCCGUGCAGUGCCUGCUGCGUCUGCAGCGGGUCGAUUUGGCCAAGCAACUCGUCGCCAAGAUGCAGGAGAUUAGCGACGACGCCACGCUGACGCAGCUCGCCCAAGCUUGGGUAGCCCUCGCUCAGGGCACGGAACAGAUGCAGGACGCCUUUCACAUUUACCAGGAGUUCUGCGAGAAAUUCAAGCCCACUCCGGCCUUACUCAACGGCCAGGCAGUGGUGCAUUUGGGGCUGGAGCGGUACGAGGAGGCCGACUCCGUACUGCGCGAAUCGCUGCUUAAAAAGCACAAUGACUACGACACACUAAUCAACCUCAUGGUGCUGGCCCAUCUCACGGCCAAGCCGGCGGAAGCCAUCACCCGGAACCUGGAGCAACUGAGGCAGUUUUACCCCAAGAGCGACUUUGUCACCGAUCUGGAUAAGAAGUCCGCAGAGUUUGACCGCCUGUGCCUGCAAUAUGAUGUUGACGGGGGAGAAAAACUGCUGGCCGUCUAGACAUAACAAGAAAUUCCAAAUAUUCAUUUAUCAAAACCCUUUGUUUAUGUAUUAAACUACAAUAAAAAUUUAUUAGAAAUGUA